GGGUGUCAGCACUGUCUUCAGAUCUAAUUGAUAAAAAAAAAAUCCCUUAUAUGCAAGCUCCCAUUGAGGGUCAGAACAGGGGGAGAGGGAGAAGUGAGGGACUGGGAGUGUUGUGUGAAAAGAGUGCAGGCCAACGAGCGAGACAAAAGAGGCUGCGGCUGUAUUGAGUGUGCUGGUGGUGUGUCCGUCUACGAAGCCACAAGCAAACCGCAUCCCCCCCUCUUCCUCCUCCUCUGGCCCAAACGCCACAGACGGCGAUAAUAUAUCGAAGAGGGAGAUCAUUUGCGUUAUUGUAUUUGCUGGAAGCGAAGUUGAGGACUUGGGAAGAGAGCUCCCUCGGACCGGGUGUUUCUCCUCUUCUCUUCCCGUCCUUACUACACGUCGAGCGCGGUGCGGUGUGGGGUUGGAGAUAUAAGCCAGAACAAAGGAGUCUUGAAGCAAGGAAUGAGCAAGUAGCGACUAGCUUUGCCAUUAUCUUUGAAACCCGGCCAAAUACCUCUGUGAGAACCACAAUAGUAUAUAGGCUGCUCGCAUUUCUCGACGAAGCUUUCCGCCCAAAAAGGAAAGAAGAAGAAGAAGAAGGGAGAAAAAAACGCACAACGAGACACGCACGUCGGCGGCUACAAUGUUUCCUCAAAACCGGCCACCGGCACCUCUGCAGCCACCUCCGGGGUCUUCUGCUUCAGCAGUGGCAGCGGCGGCAGCAGCAGCAGCAGCUGCAGCUUCAGGGACACCCCAGUCACUGAAGCUAACCUACCCAGAAACGCUGGACCGCAUUAAGGAGGAGUUUCAGUUCCUCCAGACACAGUACCACAGUUUGAAACUGGAGUGCGAGAAACUGGCCACAGAGAAGACGGAGAUCCAAAGACACUAUGUUAUGUAUUAUGAAAUGUCCUACGGCCUUAACAUUGAAAUGCACAAACAGACGGAGAUUGCAAAGCGGUUGAACGUGAUCUGUGCUCAGCUCAUUCCCUUCCUGUCACAGGAGCACCAGCAACAGGUGGUCCAGGCAAUGGAGCGCGCCAAACAGGUGACCAUGGGGGAGCUAAAUGCUUCGAUAGGGGUACGUGGGCUCCCCCCUCUGCCUCAUAGCCAGCAGCUUCAGGCCCAGCACCUCUCCCAGCAUGCCCAGGGUUUGCCAGUGGGCCCACACCCAUCAGGACUGCCCCACCCGAGUCUGGCACUCGGUGGAGGGUCCAGCCUGCUGGCUCUGUCCGGUGCUUUAGGGGCCCAGUUGGCUGCCAAGGAUGAGAGAGCGCACCUCGAGGCAGCGGUGGCGGCUGCUGCUGCUGCAGAGCACCACAGAGACCGUGAAGCAGGACCAAGCUCUCUGUCCAACGGGGAUAAGGGUCGCCCAGCAGACUACCUCAGCAACGGCAAGAAGAGGAAAGCUGAUGAGAAGGAGUUCAUGACAGACUAUGGCAGCGAUGCAGACAAGAGUGAUGAUAAUUUGGUGGUGGAUGAGGACCCGUCAUCCCCCCGCAGCGUGCAGUCCUACUCCUCAAGAGAAAAUGGUCUGGACAAGAUUCCUCCAUCCCGUAAAGAGGGGCCCCCGCAGGCCAGUCCCACCUCUCUGGCUUCAUCCAGCAGUGCUACCUCCCCCUCUCGGGGAAAAGAGCCCCCACAGAGAGAGAAGUCUACCACUCCAGGUAUAAAGCCAGGAACUCCCAUGUCUCAGGAGUCAAACACUCCAGGACCAAGUGGGCCCCCCCAGUUCAGACCUGUCCCAGGCAAGCCUGGUGUGGACCCCCUUGCUCUGGGCCUUAGAAACCCCUUGGCAGUGCAGGGAGCGUACCCUCCAGGAGCUUUCGGCCUGCCUCCUCCGGGUGUGAACGGGGACCUGCCCGGGGCGGCGGGCUAUGGCGCUGGCCUCCACCUGGUCUCCCCUCAGAUGAACGGAGCAGCAGCAGCUGCUGCAGCUGCAGCCGCCGCAGGCUAUGGACGGUCCCCUGUGGUGGGCUAUGAGUCUCCACACCCACAUAUGAGGGUCCCCGGGCUGCCUACUAGCCUCCAGUCAGCCUCAGGAAAACCCGCCUACUCGUUCCACGUGAGUGCAGAUGGUCAGAUGCAGCCGGUACCAUUUCCCCCCGACGCCCUGUUGGGUCCGGGAAUCCCACGUCACGCCCGCCAGAUCCACACACUGAACCAUGGAGAGGUGGUCUGCGCCGUUACCAUCAGCACCUCGACACGCCACGUCUACACUGGAGGAAAGGGAUGUGUCAAGGUGUGGGACAUCAGCCAACCAGGAAGCAAGAGCCCCAUGGCCCAGCUGGACUGUCUGAACAGAGAUAACUACAUCCGCUCCUGCAAACUGCUCUCUGAUGGGCGAACCCUGAUUGUUGGAGGGGAGGCCAGCACGCUGUCAAUCUGGGAUUUGGCCACGCCCACUCCACGCAUCAAAGCUGAGCUGACGUCGUCCGCUCCAGCCUGCUACGCUCUGGCCAUCUCCCCUGACAACAAGGUCUGCUUUUCCUGCUGCAGCGACGGCAACAUCGUGGUCUGGGACCUUCACAACCAGACGCUGGUCAGGCAGUUCCAGGGCCACACGGACGGGGCGAGCUGCAUCGACAUCUCCAACGACGGCACCAAGCUCUGGACGGGAGGGCUGGACAACACGGUCCGCUGCUGGGACCUCCGAGAGGGACGCCAGCUGCAGCAGCAUGACUUCACCUCGCAGAUCUUCUCUCUGGGCUACUGUCCGACAGGCGAGUGGCUGGCUGUGGGCAUGGAGAGCAGCAACGUGGAAGUCCUGCACGUCUCCAAACCCGACAAGUACCAGCUUCAUCUCCAUGAGAGUUGCGUCCUCUCCCUCAAGUUCGCCUACUGCGGUAAAUGGUUCGUGAGCACAGGAAAAGAUAACCUUCUGAAUGCAUGGCGGACACCUUACGGAUCCAGUAUAUUCCAGUCCAAGGAGUCUUCGUCAGUUCUCAGCUGUGACAUCUCCCCUGACGACCAGUUCAUCGUCACAGGUUCCGGAGACAAGAAGGCCACAGUCUACGAAGUCAUCUACUGAACCCUGAUUGGCUUGACACAGUAAACUAUUUUCAGGGAGCGGAGCCAAGGCUUCCCCCUGCACCAAUGACUGUACAGAGCGUCGGUGGCAUGGAAAAAAAAACAAGAGACACUCAACUUGUACUUUGUUGUUUUGUUCACGUUUGUGCGAAAUGAGAAAGAGAAACAAGGAGGCACAAAGUCACAUCUCUGGAAAAAUAAACUUUGUUUUUAAUGCUCUGAGAACGCUGGUUAGUCUAUAGCUGCGCAGUUGUGGGAUUUCUCCAAAGAACUUUUGUUUUUGUUCUUAUUUUUCUUUUUUUUUAUAACAAAAUAAAACUUCAGUAGUGAACGAGAAAUUAGAGAAAAAAAAGACAAAACUUAUUUUUUUAGCUUUUGGAUUUUUUUUGCAUACAAUUGGACCGUUCUGAGUUGAGAGGAAAAAGACAGACUCGUGGAGGUUUAAAGGAAAAACACUGUCCUGACUUUGUGCUGUGUAUGAAGUCUAAGUCAGUUCCAGCUCGGUCCACAGCAUGAGGCUGCUCCUCCAAGCUGCAGAUGGUGGGAUGGUCUGUUGUGAGGUUCCAGCUUUUUUCCCUCUUAAGUUUCAGCAGCGACAUGAUUGUAUCAUCUCUUGUGCGUACAUAACAGAACAGGAUGUGGUUUCCUCUGAAGUGUCCUGAGACUCUGAUUGUCUUUGUUCUUUUUCUUUUACUUUUUUUUUGUUGUUGUUGUUUUUUUAAAGAAUGAAGAUGAACAUUUCAAAGGUGUUUUGGGGAGACCAAUCUCAAACCUAAAGUCUGUUCAAACAAGUACUCUCCAGUAUCAGGACAUUUCCACUGAUAUGUCAUCUCCAUCUUACAAGACUCAACAUUUCAUGUGUUUUUCUAUUGUGUUUGUGAGGGCACAUAUAGACUGACUGGCCGUUAUUUUCAUAACUACCAUCAUGAUCUUUAAACCUUCCUAUAUAUGAACAUGUAAAUAAAGUUCUCUAAAUGCAAAGAAGGAUGUUAUCUCUAGCUUUGUUUUGCUUUGAGAAUAUACGAUUGUGUCUGAGA